AUGGUCGCUCCGCUGACUUCCAAGCCAUCAAAGACUACGGUUCCACCCAUACCAAUCUUGAAAAAACCAAAGCUGGCUACCACGAACGUACAAACGAAGCGAAAUAUAACAUCCAUGGACCUCAGCUUGUCUCCGUCUUCGUCGAUCCCCUCAGAUCCGAGCGACAUGUGUCCGAGUCCGAAGAAGCGCGCUCGAGUGCAGUUUCAGUCGGAGGUGGAAGUGCAUGAGAGAUAUAAUGAUGAAAACCGACCAGAGAAGAGCGCGGCUGUAAUCAGGGAAGAAGUGCGCAGAGCUAUCCAGCGACAUGUCUCGGCUUCGGACAGUGAGGCUUACGACCGAGUCAAGGAGAUCUUCUCUGCGGAUCCCAGGCACCGGGACAAUGAUGGACUGUUUCCAUAUGGAGUACCCACUCGUACAACAUUGAAGUACCACCUCAUGGGCUUGCUGUCAAAUGUCGCUGCGCUCGAUCGUUCCUGCAGUGGGCUGGUCAACGCGGUGUUGGGCAGUGAAUGGCUUGGCCGUGACGAGUCGUAUGUGAAGCUGUACAUUCGAUUUUUGGGCAAUUUGGCAGCGGCUCAGGGGAUGUAUCUCAGUGUGGUAUUGCGGAUGCUGGUCAGUUAUCUGGGUGAAGUGCCGAAGGGCACGGGCAAGAUUCCCGGGUACCCUAUCGUUCAUGUGUCGGAGAUCUAUACUAGAGUUCAUAUGGCUUUACGCCAUGUCUUGCAGUUAAUUCCUGCUGGGAGCGGGGCGUUGUCUCCGAUUCUGGCGGCACAGUUUCCUUUCGACACGGAUUCAGCCAAAGCAAAUAUUGCAUACACGCGCAACCUCAUUCGGGUCAUCGGUUACACUCCCGAGUUGCAGGCGGACGUACUGGCACUUAUUACCGAGAAGCUGGUCAAGAUCGAUGUCCAGAUCCAGGUCGACAUGGAGGAUUUCGAGGACGAGGUGGGCGAAGAUCUCGUGGAAGAUGUGUCUCCUGAAGAUGACGAACUUGACGAUGAGGAUGCCGAUGACAAUGAGUCGGUCGCCAGCCAUGAGUCUCUGGAUGCUGAGUCUCAGCGCAUUAAGACAAUCAAGGAUAACAUCUGCAAAAUUGAUGGCAUGAUUGAUGCUCUUUUCGAAUUCUAUGCGCCGCCGUUCAUCUCGGGUAGCUUGGAUGAUCAGGAAAAUGCAUUGGAUCUUCUUCUGAGUCACUUUCAGAGCAUCAUUCUCCCUACAUACCGCUCUCGCCAUUCUCAAUUCCUUCUGUUCCAUUUCUCGCAGUCUUCUCCGGUUUUGGUCGAUCGUUUUGCCACCACUUGCGUUCAACUUAUCAUGAACAAGCUGCAGCCGGGCGUUAUGCGUCAGUCUGCGGCGGCAUACCUUGCUAGCUUCGUUGCCCGAGGCGCUCAUGUUUCUGGGGAGGUCGUCCGUGAUGUCUUUGACUUGCUGGGAACACAUCUGGGAAACAUGCGGGCCGACUAUGAAGUCAACUGCCGUGGCCCUGACCUCCGCAGAUAUGGCGCAUUCUACUCAGCAGCCCAGGCUCUGUUGUACAUUUUCUGCUUCCGUUGGCGUGACCUGACAACUGCGGCAUAUGAUGGUGAGAGCGAUAGCCAACUUGAUGAACUCGACCCAGAAGAUGUUACCUUCCCUCCGCCUAUCAAAGAAGUCCUCCACAAGGCGAUUUACUCCAAGCUCAACCCACUUAAAGUCUGCUCACCGGCUAUCGUGUCCGAAUUCGCACGUAUCGCCCACCACCUGCGCCUGCUGUAUGUAUUCCCACUCCUGGAGACAAAUAAGCGUCUCCGCAUCUCCUCCUUCCGGAGUUUGUCUGCCAUGGCAGAUCCCCGCUACAGCCAUGUUGAGCGGGAGAUCCGAGCCGGUGACGAUCUGGGAUACCAGCUCGACGCGUACUUCCCAUUCGAUCCGUACCAGUUGCCGCGCAGUCGGCGUUGGCUGGAAGGCGAUUAUGUCGAAUGGCGGGGGAUUCCAGGCAUGGAUGACCGAGACGAUGAGUCGGAUACUGAUACAGACAGUGACGCUGAUGACGAAAGUCUGGAUGAGUACGAUCUAGAAGAGAUGGGGUCUGAAGAUGAAAUAAGCUUCGAAAAGUAUCUGGACAGCUCUGAUCCAUAG